AUGGGUAACGCGCUGUGUAAAGAGCCUCGGACAGGCUCGGCAACCAGCAGUGGAAAUGCGUUCAGCAAUUUCAGCAGCGUGAUCUGCCCGAACGGACUUGGCAAGGGGAAAACACAGCCGAUGCGUAAGACAUACUUUUCACGCAGCGCGGUUGAUGCGUCAAAGAAAACUACCACGGCCACGGGAUGGCAGAGUGUCGGCUUGUACGUACCGGAUGGUACCGGCCGUCAGCAAAAGGUUAUCGAUACACCGCCGGUUGCACCACCGCGCAAAAAGCGGGGCGCCACCCUGGACGGCCGCUAUCGGUCGGAUGAAGCGCUAAAGGUGAAGAACGGGUUUCAGGACGUCUUCGGCCGUGAAAGUCGCCGUCACUCGUGUGACAUUCCGUCCGUUACACGGCCCGCCAGUGUGCCACCACCACGGCCGGAUGUAGCAGCGCUUCCCGCACGCCAAACGUCCUGUUUCGAGAUCGAUGCGAGCAACGAUGCGUUCAGCGAUUUCUCCAAAGUUCCUACCACGGCCGAACUGGAAAAAACACCCUCCACCUCGCAGAUACCGCGUGUGGGUAAUCGGAAGUCGGACAAAUUCUUUGGCGAACGGUUGGCCGAUUCGCUGUCGCCCGACCAGGAGACGUCCCGGGAUGAGCAAAAGAGGGCGAAAAAGGAUAAAUCGAAUCCGAGCCUGGUGCGGGAUGAUGUGGAUAAGAUAGAAACAUUUGUCGAGUGUAAGGACACGGCAGCGUCGGAGGUGCGUCCGAAGAUGGCGGCACAGUCGGAGGCGCGCGAAUCCAGCGGCUCGCCAAGCCCGGAUAAGACGGAAGGGGAAGACUUGAUGAAAUACAUCGAUCGCACGGUUUCGCGGGAUAACCAGAUCGGUCGGCGGGCUGAAUUUCUGAUGGCCAUGCUGGAAGACUACAACGACAGCGUACGGUACGAAGGUAUGCAACCGGUCGAGGAGCCACUUAUCGUACCGAAGCGCCGUAAAAGCAAACACAUCUGCGACGAUCACGAUCACCUGCACGGUAAGCUUCAAGCCCACGAACGGGACGCAUCGGCGGGGUAUGUUAUUCGCACGGAGGCCUCUAUAGAACAUGCGCCUCGUAAACCAAGCCGUGAUUUCUCCCGUUACAAACCGAUCGACGUGGAUCCGUCGUCGGGAGGAUCGGAUGGUGAGCAGAGCAGCGUCGUGCGACCGGUUCGAACCAAACAAAAGGCGAAACAACGCGAAACGGCACCCCCCGAACCACCUCGGUUCCAGAAGAGUCUCUCGGAGACACAGUUCACCACAGCAGCGACAUCACUUCAACCGCCGAAAGAUGACGAAGAUCGGAAGGCACAUACGCCCCGGAUGCUGAAGCGCAUCAUAUCUAUGCCGGCUACCGAGAAUCUUGCCAAAGAACCGUCACCUCGUCCGGAUACCGCGCAGCGUCCAGUUCUGACGAAAAGUUCCAGCUCCGGAUCAUUCUCGGCCGUUGACUUGCAGCGCACACGCAUCAGCGUCGAACGUUUCACGCCGGAGGAUUACGCGCAUCAUUCCACCCGUGCCGAUGAGCUGGUCAAACCAAAGUCCAAGCUAACAACGCGCAAAAUUUCGUGGAAAUCAAACGAAGCCCCGGUUUGCCAGUCGUCGACACCUGCUACGAACCAUCCAAACGGUCCCAGCUUUACGAUCGGUGGCACGACCGUAGUAACGUCUGACUCUGCUGCACAGCUUGCUCCACCGGAAGUACCGACACGCAAGCACUCGGAAGCGUCUACAGGGCCAGAACGAGCUGGACCAGAAAAGGUUGUGCUCAGUGAAUCUGCGGCACCCACAACGGUGGGCUCAUUUCUUAUAGACGACGUGGAAGAUAGCAGCUUGCGAAAGUUCUGUCUAGGAUCGUUCAUCGAAUCCAGCCAAAUACUACCGCACCACGACGUAGUGAAUGUGCUAGACUGCGUUUACAGCGCUACCGACAACAAAGAAAACAUCAUCGAACAGUUCCAAACGUUCCUUGAAGACGCACUCAGCGCAGAAUUGAACGAACCAAACCCUACCAAUCCGAAUGUGUCCAAGCUGUUGGAGAAGAUGUCCCAGACGAGUUCCGACGGUGAUAAGCAGUUGGAAAAUGUCACGAUCAAACUAGUCGGUUCCAGCCGCUCCUCGUCCGACCUGGACGACUGUUUCGAUCCGGAGUUUGAGAAGAUAGAGAAAUCAGAAAUUGUCGGUGAACUGCCGAAGAUUGAGCAUGGCCUUAAGCACGGUGGCGGACGGCGUCGCGAUAGCAUUGAAUACAUGAGCGAUUGGUUCGGUACAGAAUCGGACGGUUCCAGCACAAUGCUGUCCACUGUUGGGGUCGAUGAGCUGAAGCCUAGUGAUCGGACGACCGUAAAACCACCGGCACAUAGUGCGUCGUACGGGCGGCGAAAGGAAAGCAUCGAGGACGUUGGCAGCUGGUUCUCCAAACACAACGUGCUGCGACCAUCGUUCGGGGAAGAAUUUCAGGAACCAAGCCGUCGGUUACGUCGCGGUUCCGACGGCUUUCUGGGUUACGAUCUUCAGCGUCAGUAUCCGUUCGGACAGGGGCGCGAGCGUUCCGAAUCACAGUCGGCGGAAAUGUUCGAAGACAUCAUGAAGCUGCACGAGCAACGAACCGACCAGCAGGUGGAAGGCUCAAUUCCGCAGCAUCCGCAGCGUAAGAAGGUGCUAGAGCACCGUAACAGUUCGGAUGCACUGCUGAUGAAAGUACUAACACGUACGAGUCGCACAACCCCACAUCACAGUACGGAGGAGCAAAAGCCACAAGAAACAUCACCCCAACCCGAACAGCAUGAAAGGAAUCCUUUGUUAAACGCAGGAGCACCGGACAACGAUCUGGCGCAGGAUCCCAAGGGAAAGGAUGCUUCCAGCACAACGAAGGAAGGUGCAUCAGCUGCACAGGCACCAACGUUAUCACAGCCGGAAAACAAUAAGCGGGAGCAUAGUGAACAUUCCACGUUGCUAAAAUUCCUUUCACAGGAGAAACUCAUCGAAUGA